GCGGCCGGGACGAGGCGGCGGCGGCGGCGGAGGCGGCGGCGCGGGGCGCUCGGGCUGAUGGCAGCGGCGGGCGGCCCCGGGACGGCGUUGUCCCCGCGGCCGUGCGACAGCGACCCGGCCACCCCCGGAGCGCAGUCCCCGAAGGAUGAUAAUGAAGAGAACUCAAAUGAUGGGGCCCAGCCACCCAAAAGGCGGCGAAUGGGCUCGGGAGACAGCUCCAGGAGCUGCGACGCUUCCAGCCAGGAUCUUGGCUUUAGCUACUAUCCAGCAGAAAACUUGAUAGAGUACAAAUGGCCACCUGAUGAAACAGGAGAAUACUAUAUGCUUCAAGAACAAGUCAGUGAAUAUUUGGGUGUGACCUCCUUUAAACGGAAAUAUCCAGAUUUAGAGCGACGAGAUUUGUCUCAUAAGGAGAAACUGUACCUGAGAGAGCUAAAUGUCAUUACAGAAACACAGUGCACUCUAGGUUUAACAGCAUUACGCAGUGAUGAAGUAAUUGAUUUAAUGAUUAAAGAAUAUCCAGCCAAACAUGCUGAAUAUUCUGUAAUUCUACAAGAAAAAGAACGCCAGCGAAUUACAGAUCACUAUAAAGAGUAUUCUCAAAUGCAACAACAGAAUACUCAGAAAGUUGAAGCCAGCAAAGUGCCUGAGUACAUUAAGAAAGCUGCCAAAAAAGCAGCUGAAUUUAACAGCAACUUAAACCGGGAACGUAUGGAAGAAAGAAGAGCUUAUUUUGACUUGCAGACACAUGUUAUCCAGGUGCCUCAAGGGAAGUACAAGGUGUUACCAACAGAGCGAACCAAGGUCAGCUCUUACCCGGUGGCCCUCAUCCCCGGACAGUUCCAGGAGUAUUACAAAAGGUACUCCCCGGAUGAGCUGCGAUAUUUGCCGUUAAACACAGCGCUCUAUGAGCCCCCCCUGGAUCCUGAGCUCCCUGCCCUUGAUAGCGAUGGUGACUCAGAUGAUGCUGAGGACGGCCGCAGUGAUGGGAAGCGGAAGAAUAAAGGCACUUCGGACAGCUCCUCUGGCAACGUGUCUGAGGGGGAGGGCCUUCCCGAAGGCCAGGAGGAGCCUUUGCAGGGAAGACAGCGGUCCAGGGACAAGGCUGCUCCUCCACGGAAAGAUGCUUCCAAACGUUCUGUACUGUCCAAGUCAGUUCCUGGGUACAAGGUAGAAGAAAAAAGCCCCUGACUCAGCUUCCUUCCUGACCAGCCUCUCUCCCUGAAAUAUUUUAACUUUGAAUUUCAGAGUUGUGGAGCUCCCGCCUGCUGUGCUUCACUGGCUGUUCUUCUGUGGUGUGUGCCCUCUGUCAGCCUCUGUCCUUUUUGCUUUAUUUUCCUGGGGGCUUUUCUGUCACUUCGGCUAUGGUUUUAGCUUCCGUUUUCUGUAUAUGUACAAUUGAUAAGAGAAUCUUUUUUCUUCUUUUAAAUGAUAACCAGGCAAGUAUGGGUUGUUAAAAAGUGAUCUCAUAGGCAGAAUUUUAUACUUUGUUUCUUCAGAGUAGAAAUCAUCAUGGUCUGACAUUGAAAGCAUCUGGUAUUUAGUAAAGCUGAACAUGCUGAGCUGGGCGGUGGGGGGGGGAAGACCCCUGAGACCAAGUUGCGUUUCUGUGGUGCCUUUUGUUAACCAUCUGGGUUCAGUCUGAGAAUUAUUUAAUCCAUUUGCCCAAUUCAGCUAACUACCUGGUGGAAAAUAGUAAAACUUGUUUACAUUGUGGUGACUUAGCCUAACCUUGACAAGUAGCCUGUGCAAUUCUAUGACAAGGAUUUACACCUUAUCUGGCAAGGUGAUUUGGCUUAGAUCUACUCGUUAACUUUUUGAUUUGGUUAUUCUCAGAGUCAAGUAGCAUGCUGUCAGCAAUAUUAUUAUUUUUAUUGUUUCCUCCUGCUGUCUGCCCCUUCCCCUUCAGAGGGUUGGGUGAGAGGUGAGUAGCCUUACUGACGUAUGGGGAUUUAAGAGUAUCAUAAAAGGAGUAGAAGUAGCUGCGAGUUUUAUGUUUUGAAUGCUAAUAGUAAAACAUACAGUUUUCAGUCUGGGGUGUAUCAAUAUGCUUGUUACGUGGUGAUGAAGGUGUUUUGAAGAAGCAUUUCAGAGUAAGUUGACGGAAGAGUUUUGCUGAGCGGAGUUGCUCAACACGUGUGUGUGUGUCAGGUCCGGGUGGAGGUGUGUAACCCAGAAGCACAGGUUCACACGGGCGCUGGCCAGUGUCCCUUCCACCUGAGCAGAGCCCUUCUAAUAGGCCACUGCCUUUCUUUUCCUGAAGUAAAAAAACAACUUAACAAAUAAGUAGUCCAUAUGUAAUUAGAAAAUGCCUUUACGUCAUCAGGUUUCAAGUACAUAUUUUUUCAGCCCAGCUUCAUUCAGCAAGGAUGGCUGCAGUAGGCUGCAGCCAUGUGAUUUUUGUCCUUGUUUUUACACAUAUAGCUUAUCUAAUUUUUUAAACUGAAGAUUUAAAUUAAUACUUAAUAAUUGAAAGCAAAUGAACUCCAAAGAUUACAUUUUGGAACCUUAGCCUGCUGUGUGUGCUAAGCAGUGUGCUUCUGGCUCAGGAGGAGCUUGGAGUGGGAGUUGCUGCUCAAAGCACACAGUCAUUGCUAAGUAGACCUUUCAGACAGCAAGCCUGGAUUAAUCAUGGGUUAAAAAAGAAAGAAUAUUGAAAUAGAUGUUUUAAUGGAGGCUGAAAAUGAAGAACUAUUCAGCGCUACCCUUGAUUUAAGAUAGAAGAAAUCAAACAGAUUGACCUGAAUUGAUAGUACUGGAGGGAGUCUGAUGUGCAGAGUGCGCAUGUUAAUAGCCUUCUGUGAACAUUUUUAGUACCUAACAGUGUUUCAGGUAUUUUAGAGUUUGGAACAACCAGUAUCUAGACUUAAUACAUUAAUGUGAACAUGUUUGUGAGAAGUUAACCUCUCUAUGAAAAGUAUUAAUAAGCCAAGAUGUGCCUAAAUAUUAGGGUACUUUAAGCUGAAGGUCAUAUAUAUAAAUAUGUUUUAAAAUAUGGGAGUUAAGAAAAAUUAUAAUGUAUCUGAUGUCUUGCUUAAUAAAAUUCACUAAUGCUUGCCCUUAAUUUGUAGGACAGUAUUGUUUAGGUUACAUUAACCUGAAAUUAAAGCAUAAUUGUUAGGGUUCAAGCCUGUUAUAAGUGUAUAAUUAAAAUCUAUACUAUAGUAGUGCUACCAUGAAAGUCUCACUGUCUUUGGUUGUUUUUCAAGCAGGAAAAUAAGUGUAUUGUGAGCCUUUUAUUUGAGAUGCUGAGAACUCUUAGGGAGAUUAUUUUAAUUUUCUUGUCAGUAGUGAAACUGUGAUGUUGUUGCUGUUAUGAAGUAGUACUGUCUCCAUCCAACAUAUGUAGGGUUCCGUUCAUUAACCUUUAGGGAGUUCCACACACAGUUCCCUUUCUCCAUCACCUCUGCGAACCCUGAGAGACUAGCUUCCCAACCAGCGACUGGUACCCGACAUGUACAGUCCCGGAUGUGAAUGGUGUGGCUUCUGAGAGAGCUCAGAGCGUUUGCGUGAACAAAGUAUUUUUUAUAUUGAGCUGUGGCAUCGUCAUAGAAAAUGCUGCAAAGCUCUGUCUCUCUCUGUCUCUGUCUCUCUCCCUCCCCCUCCCUCUCCACCGCUGUCUCCCUCUUUUCAUCAAGAUGAAGACUAUUGGGUAAGAAAAAUUUUAACUGGUUUAACAAAAUAUUAUGAUUUUAAGUUUAGAAGUAAACCUAGAAUUUUCUUGGUGUCUCUUUUAUCGUAGGUGUUCAAUGUACAUUUUAAUGAUUGUAGAACUUGAACUGCUCUAGAAUGUGAAUGACUAGCUUUGUGUUUUAUACCUUUUGAUUUUUUGUAAAGGAUCUCCUAUGAGGAGUUCUCGAUUUAGAUUUUAAUAUUGUGUGGUUACUUCCUUGACUUUACUGAAAAAUAUUAAAGUACUUAGUAUGCCAGUAUCUUACUUGAACUGUAAGUAUUAAAGUGUAUCUUUUACAUUUAGUGCAGGUACCAUAACCAAAACAUAGUUCUGAUAUUGGUGGAUUGAGAGGUAGCUUUCUGCUGUAUAUUAUGGCAGUUACAGAUUUGAUCAUAACUGAACCAGAAUUUGGAUCAUAGAAGUGCACUUCCUAGCUAUUUUUUAUUUAGGUAUAAGAAAACACAGUGGGAACCUUAUGUUUAGAAUGUAGCAGUAACAACAGAGGGUAACUACACUGCGAGACUUAAGAGGUUUGAGCAUGUGACACUAUCCUUUUGUUGGGGAGCAGGGUAUAAAGGUAUACAGGAGAUGUAGAAUAGUCGACAGUCAAGUUUUAUAUGUAUGUUUUAACUUCCAUGAUAUUUAUUAUUUUGUAGAGACAUUUGUGAUUGUUUAGAGUUAUUGUUUUUAUUAUAUUUAUGUAUAAGGUUGACUUUUUUUUAAAUAAAUAAGCCAAAAAUUAUUUUUGAAUGCCUCUGUCAUCUUUUGUAAAGAGAGAUAAUUUAAAAAAUAAAAAGUAACCUAAAGAAUUAAGAACAAGUUGUUUAGGCUGUGGAGAUUUUGAAGGUGGCAGUAAGACAUUUCAAAGCUGGGAUGAUACAGUAUGCACAGUUGGAAUUUGUUUAGGCUCCUCUUUGAUUCAGUGACUUAGGAAAGGGAAACAUAAGGUGCAUUUGGCUGGGUUGUAAUAAAACAAAUACAGUAUUUCUACUUAAAAUACUUUUUUCUCCCAGUUUUUAUAUAAAUGAACGAAUGAAUGAGCGAGUGAGUGAAUGAAAACACCCCCGGCCUCCAUUUCACAUUGGGGCCCGGCUUUCUCUCCUUCCCCACCACUGCUCCAUGUUCACGUGGAGCCAGUGAGCAGCAUGUUAUUACGGUCAAGGCUGUGGUGUGCCAGUGUCCCCUCCCCCACCCACCUCGUUUCAGGUGCAGUGAACCUCCUUCUUUGUUCUUUUCCAUGUGUUGCCACGUGAUUUUUAAAGAGAUGUCUUCAUUGGAUUGUGCAUGUUUUUAAUCUGAAAAAUGAAUGGUACUUGAAACAUAGGGGGUUCUGCACAUUUUUUAAGUGAUAAUUUCAUAUCUUGCUCAUCUGAGAACUACUUUUCUCUUUCAUGUUUUGUAUGUCAUAGUGAAUGCUUUUUCUCUAAAUAUAGGGUCUUUUAUUAAUGUAUUAGACAUGCAAAGGGAAUAAGCACACAGCCUGGUUUCCCACAUGACAAUGUAUGCACGAGACAUCUUUCAAUUAAAAAUGUUAAAACAUUGAUUUUGUAACUUAGAUUUUAUAGAUGUAGCUUCACAACUUUGGAGAAUAUCAGUUUUUAAACAAAAUCAGCAUAUAAGCUGCUUACAAUGGAGUCUUCUCUUUGGGAAUAAGCCUAACUGCCGUGUCAUGGGCACUUGGUACUUAGAAUUUUCUCCUUCAGUUAACAGUGCCGUUUGACAGUGUCUUAGUCUUCCCUUCCAGCGCAUCAUACGGAUCUCACUGGGCACGCGGGGGGUGCAGAAUGCUGUCUCUAAUCUUGACAUGAGAUCAUGCCAUUGACAGAAUUUCAGGAUGAAAUCUAAGGCUUUAGUUGGUAAGCCGUUAUGUGUUGAAGGCAGAUUCCUGUCAGGUUGUCUUUCAAAAGGUCCUCAUUAGCAAGUUAUCAGAAGUAAAGAUAAGGCAAUACAGUAAUAAUUCCUUUUGAACCCGUAGUAAGUUCUUUUGGCAUGAAUUUAUAGCCCUCUUCUACCCUUCCAGCCAAAGGUCAUUCCAAAUGCUCUAUGUGGAAUUUGUCUGAAGGGUAAGGAGUCCAACAAGAAAGGGAAGGCUGAAUCACUUAUACACUGCUCCCAGUGUGAUAACAGUGGUAAGUACUGACUUGUCUUCACAUUUUAACCACCCUGUCUGUUGCUUGGAAAACUAGGAUUCUUAGUUUCAGCUAGACUUGGACCAAAGAAUCAUCAAAUAUAUAAAAUCCAUGUAUUUUCUUCUACAUUGUGUUUUCAUUUCUCUUUGGCAGUUAAACAUUGUAGCCAUUCUUGAGAAGUCCAAGCAAACUAGCACUUUAUUAUGCCAUAUUAAGUUAAAAACGCUUGUGUGAAAUACAACUAAUACUGGUUUUG